GCCAGCGGACCAGGAUAAAUACUGUGGCCCCGACGGCCGCGCAGCACUCCCGGAGCUUGACGCGCAGCGCGACCCUCCCCAGAGACAGCGCCCUCUGAAAGCGCAGGGGACCGGCUCCGCACCCCCAAACCCUCAACCCUCCACGCCAGUGCCCAGCACUUCCAGACAUCGCGGGCCUUGCACCCGGAGCAUCCGCCCGGGGAGGCUGGUCUCCGACACCGCCAGGCCGGUCCAGUCUAUCAGUUCGUCCACUCAGUGGGUGGCGUCCGCUCUCGGUGCCAUGCCAUUCCUUGGGCAAGACUGGCGAUCUCCCGGGCAGAGCUGGGUGAAGACAGCCGAUGGCUGGAAGCGUUUCCUGGAUGAGAAGAGCGGCAGUUUCGUAAGCGACCUCAGCAGUUACUGCAACAAGGAAGUAUACAACAAGGAGAAUCUUUUCAACAGCCUGAACUAUGAUGUUGCAGCCAAGAAGAGAAAGAAGGACAUACUGAAUAGCAAAACCAAAACUCAAUAUUUCCAUCAAGAAAAAUGGAUCUAUGUUCACAAAGGAAGUACAAAAGAGCGCCAUGGAUACUGCACUUUGGGGGAAGCUUUCAACAGACUGGACUUCUCAACUGCCAUUCUGGAUUCCAGAAGAUUCAACUACGUAGUACGGCUGUUGGAACUGAUAGCAAAGUCACAGCUCACAUCCCUGAGUGGUAUCGCCCAAAAGAACUUCAUGAACAUUUUGGAAAAGGUGGUACUAAAAGUCCUUGAAGACCAGCAAAACAUUAGACUCAUAAGGGAACUACUGCAGACCCUCUAUACAUCCUUAUGUACACUAGUCCAGAGAGUCGGCAAGUCUGUGCUGGUGGGCAACAUUAACAUGUGGGUGUACCGCAUGGAGACGAUUCUACACUGGCAGCAGCAGCUGAACAACAUCCAGAUUACCAGGCCUGCCUUCAAAGGCCUCACCUUCACCGACCUGCCCUUAUGCUUACAACUGAACAUCAUGCAGAGGCUGAGCGACGGGCGCGAUCUCGUCAGCCUGGGCCAGGCGGCCCCCGACCUCCACGUGCUCAGUGAGGACCGGCUGCUGUGGAAGAAGCUCUGCCAGUACCACUUCUCCGAGAGGCAGAUCCGCAAGCGAUUAAUUUUGUCAGACAAAGGGCAGCUGGAUUGGAAGAAGAUGUAUUUUAAGCUUGUUCGAUGUUACCCAAGGAAAGAGCAGUACGGGGACACCCUGCAGCUUUGCAAACACUGUCACAUUCUUUCCUGGAAGGGCACUGACCAUCCUUGCACAGCUAACAAUCCAGAGAGCUGCUCCGUUCCACUUUCACCCCAGGACUUUAUCAACUUGUUCAAGUUCUGAAUCCCAGCACAUGACAACACUUCAGAGGGCCCCCUGCUGACUGAAUACAGAAUUUGGACGAAUACAGAAUUUGGACGCUCCAUUUGUAAAUAGUGUACAUUUUAAACAUUGGCCUGAGACUUCUCAGAUAAGUCCUUGAGAGGACCUUGGAGGGGAGAGAUACAAUUGCUUAUGGGAAUUUAAGAAUGUGAACUCCACAUUAGAAUUGGUAUGGAAAAGCAGAAGUAUUGUAGAUAGACUUUUUUCUAACAAUUUGCCAGCAAGACUCUAAAGGCAAGAAUUCUCUGUCAGCCGUGAAGAUGGAAUUCUCUUGAUGUUCAUGGAAACUCCUUUAUAGUUCCCUAGGAAGAAAAAGGCAAGACUCAAAUGCAGACAGAAUGCUCUUUGUUUACAAUGUGAAAAUCUGUUUAGACAAAAAAAAAAAAAAAGGAAGAAAGAAGAAAAAAUACAUAUAAGAAAUCCUGGAGCUUUGGUUUUGAUUGAGUUUGUUUUGGAAAGGCAAAGAAGCACCAACCCCGAAACCUGAGUGGGCAUAGGCCUUAUCCUAUGAGACACCACACAAUGGUCUACCUCUAAAAGCAUAAAGCGUGAUCUCUGACUACGUGCAUUAUCCAGUAGGCAGUGUCUGUGUUUCUUGUGUUUUCAUCACUAUAAAAAGUGAUUUAAAAUGGAAAGGAUGUUGGAAGCAACCCUCAUCUUGUUUCACACUUCCUUUUUAGGUAAACGGGGCCCUCUUUGGAGUCCCCUCCUUCCUAGAACAAUCUCAAAGUACAUGUGCCUUUUCUCCUUCCAUACUGUAGUUCACUGGGGAAAGAGAAGGCCAAUUAAGAACAGUCCCAGCAGAAAUCAUACCCCGGAAAAGAUAGAAUCAGGUACCCCAUAGCUAUAAAGACUUCUUUCUUCCGGUUUAACUUCUGGGCUUGUCUGGGCUUCCUUGGGUGCAUUUGUGGAAAAGUGUACAUCUGCAAACUGAUUGCAGCCCAAGUGCUGGGGCUUGAGAGACAGGUUUUAUCUAUCGGCCAAUUAAGCAUUUUGCCACUUGCUCUUCCUGUCUUCAGGGUGAUAAAUUGAGCUUUCGUAAGUCCUUGAGACAACCUGAACUAGGGCUUUUUGUAAGUGUGAUUAAAAAUAAAGCCUGAAGUUCCAGCCAAAUAGGGAGAUGAGUUCAUCUUAAACUGACUUCAGGGCUGGAGAGUUAAAAUGAAGAUAGUUAAAACAAAGAUCCCAUGGGAUUUUGCAAGCAAGUAUCAGCAGGUCACUGUGGAAGAAAGGAAAUCUCAGGACUUCAUGAGUUAAUUGUCAGAUAUUCCUGGAAGAGGGUGGGGAAUGUUUUUGUUUUUUACUUUUUAUAGAAAGUUGCUUUUCUACAACAGUGUACAUAUAUUUGCAGUUGUAUUUGCUUCCUCCCCCACCCCCAAAUAAAGUCGCCACCUUGCA